AUGUUUCUCAAACCGAUACUCUUUUUGUUCCUUACGGUAGCGUAUGGAUACAACAUAGACACAACGUUUCCUAUUGUUUAUUUAUAUAGUGCUAAGUUUAGUAGUACAAGUUACUUCGGCUAUACCGUUUGUUUGUACCACGAGUCGAUCAACAAUACAUCCUGGUUGAUAGUCGGUGCACCGAGAGCAAAUUAUUCCUCGUUCGUCAAACAGAAAUUCAGGCAGCUGAUCGAGCCGGGUGUCGUUUACCGCUGUUCACUUGACAGUCCAUUCUGUCAGGAAAUGAAACAGAAGGAAAUUAGGGAUGAAGAAAGUUACAUAACGCAGCUUGAGAUGAAUAUUGUUAUCAAGAAACAAAGGGGCUGGUUUGGGAGCGCUAUGUCUAUAGACAAGUCAAAUGGUGUAUUAACAGUAUGUGCACCACGAACUAUUGUAAGUAUUUUCAAUCCCUACGACAAUAUCCAUUUUGAUACCAUGCAGGGAAUGUGUUACAGUGGAAAGAUAUCUUCAACUGUACUUUCCACCGAGUACGAGGAUCUUGAAUAUCACAAUUUUAGAUCAAAUAUUUGGUACAACCCGAUGUAUGGGUUUUCCAUUCAUUAUGCCUCAAUCAAGCAAAAUAAAACCAAGGAAGUGAAGGAAAGACGUCGCAUCACAGGAAAACCUAUGCACGAGACUUAUGGGAUUGUGGAGAUAAUACAAGAAAAUAAAAGAUUGCUAGCUGAAUUACCAUUAAACGAUGAACUCUCUCAAUUUGGUUAUAGUGUUGAGUCUGGCUACUUCUUUAACAAAAGUCAGUUACUCUAUGUUAGUGGUGCACCAGGCUGGCACUAUGUAGGACAGGUAGCAAUAAUUGAUGCGACAACAAACGUGACAUCAAUCGUGGCUAAGUUACAAGGCACUAGUACAGGUGAAUUCUUUGGAGCAAGUUUGGCUGUAGGUGAUAUAGACAAUGAUGGCUUUGAUGACCUUCUAGUUGGAGCACCUUAUUGGGAACAAGACAAUGGAAAAGUAUAUGGCUACUUUGGUACCUCUAAGGGUCAUUUUGAAGAAGUUAUAACUUUGCAAGGAAUUGUAGAAAGCAGCCAUUUUGGAUACGCGAUAGCUAGCGGUGAUUUGGAUGCUGAUGGAUUUGAUGAUAUCAUUGUGGGAGCACCUUGGGAAGAUUCUGGAGUGGUUUAUAUAUACAACGGUGGUACAGAUCUGAAACAUAAGAACUUGCGGGCGUCCGAACGAAUUGAAGCCAUACAUUUUUCACUACCGGAUACGUAUCCAAAACUAGAAAGAUUUGGGUUCUCGACAUCGAAACCGAUUGAUAUUGAUGGAAAUGGAUACUUGGACAUACCAGUCGGGGCAUAUAAAUCGGGUUACGCCGUAGUGCUUCGCAGUAAACCAGUCGUAAAGACAGAACUUUUAAUUCGUACUGUGCCCAGUGUUCUCGAAAGGGAUGCCAAACAAUUCAUAGUUGAAAUAUGCCCACGAUAUGAUGGGUAUAACAUACAAAACAUGGAAUCCGAGAUUAGGGUCACUGUAGAUGAACAACAUCAGCGAACCAAAGAAAAACUUUUUCAGAUGAAAUCUUCCACUCUAACAUCAACCGCGUGCUUCGAAACGCGAGUCAAUAUCUUGAGGAACAUAAGAGAUUUCAUCGAGCCAAUUAGUAUUCUUGCAAGGCACGAUUUUGUGAACACUAAUGCCUCUAGUCAUUUCUGUAAAUUCUGUCCCGUAGAAAGAAGAACUAACAAGUUAAAUGUUGCGCAAAUCCUACUUCCAUUUAACAUUGAUUGCGGAACAGAUAAAAUCUGCAAUUCCAAUAUAUCUGCCACGGCGAAAUUUUACGGCGUACGCGACAAUGACACGUGGAUCGUCGGAUCCACGGAAGUAAACUUAGAAAUCAGUUUAAAAAAUUACGGAGAACCAGCUUAUCUUACCACGCUUCAGUUCACGUUUCCCAAAGGAGUGAUUUUGCGUAGCAUUUUACCUUUUUGUCAGGAAGACACUUCUAAAGAUAAACUAUUAGUAUUUUGUGAAGCUGGUAACCCAUUGUGGAAAGGAGAAGAAAGGAAUAUUACUUUAGAUCUCGACAUGAAAGAUUUAAUUCAUGAUUCACUGUACAAUCGUGAAUUAAAUUUUUACAUAGCAAUAGAAACUCGUAGUACAAAUCAGGGAACGACGAGUAUUACGCGAAUGCUCAAUCUAGUAAACGAAGUUUCCUUAUCAUUGAAUGGAAAAGCAAAUGAGGAAGCAUAUUACUUAUCUACCAUUAAAGAUGCUGCUUCAAACAUUAGUUUUCAGCACACUUAUCAAGUGUACAAACUUGGUGCAACACCUGUAGAAGACGCACAGCUCGUCAUUAAAGUACCAGUAGCUAUUAAUGUCUCAGAUCCUUUGAUUUACAUAUAUAAACCUCAGCUGUAUGUAUCAGGAGAACUGUUUGAAUGUUUCUCUAAGGAUAUCUUAUUAGACACUGAAUCGAUAGAUGUGCAAAGGGAAUGGCCGAUGCAUAAAUUUGAUAUGCAUGUUGUAACUAACAAAAUGCAAGAGACUGUUGACUUAAAACAUAAGAGAGAUGUAAAUGAAACACGUUUCGAACUUUAUAAUGUAAAGAAUAUUGCGGCAUCACAGCUUGCAAAUGAAAGUUUCAUAAAUGAUAUUCUGUACAUGAAUUGUUCGACAUCUAAUGUAUACUGUACAACCAUUGUAUGUAAUUUAAGCGUAUUGAAGACAUUGCAAGACAUUGGAAAGGUGUUGAUCAAACUGGUCUUAAAUGUUGAAAGACUGAAAGAUAUUCUUACAAGCAACAAGGUUGUUUUAAAAUUUGAUACUGAAGCGACUGUAGAAAUAUUAAAACCCGCUGUCAGGCUACCUGUUAAUGAAACGAGGUCUACAAUACAGCUUGCAACAAUGUUUUACAAUAGCCCAAAAAGUGAAGAAUUACAAUUAUGGAUUAUUAUUGCGUCCAUAUCAGUAGGGCUAUUGUUAUUGAUUAUUUUCGCUAUGAUCUUGAGCAUGUUAGGUUUUUUCAAGAGGAAAGGCAAACAAAAUUUAUCAAACGAUGAAAGAUUGGAAGAAACAAAAGAACUACCGCGAGAUUAA